UUUGUGCCAGACUGCAGCCCACCACCGCGGACCGAACCACUCCAUCGCUCGGGUUCGAACACCUGCCACGCCGGACGAUUCCAUCGGGAGGAGAAAAAAAAAAUAAAAAAAAUAAGACAAUUGACGUGUUUUGGAUUAGGAACGCUGCCGCCCAGUGGACGCCGCAGCCGGGAUGCAAACCCAGCCGCGCCGGGGAAGCAUCACCCCGUCGCCGCCGCCUGCAAUGGCGCUAUAGACGGCUACAUUCCGUCCGGGACUCGCGGAACAAGCGUGGGCUCGAAAUGCUCUUCUUGUAGGGUUUUGCGGCGAGAGAGUCCGUGUUUUGCUUCGGCGUCAACCGCGUGUGGCGUUUUCGUCAUCAAUGCAUGAGCGGGCCUGAAAGGAUUCUAAAACAGCAUCGAUCGGACCUGAUUUGGCAGCACUGCAGUAGGUCAGAGCGAACGCUUAGUUCUGAGAUCUAAUGAGGCCACGGCGAUGCUGACGCCCCCGCUGAAUCCAAAGACAUCAUAAUGCUGAAGACGGAGGCCUCGGGGGAGAGGAGCAGCCUCCGGAGUGCCUCCCCGCACCGCAAUGCCUACCGGGCCGAGUUUCAAGCCCUCAAGAAGGCCUUCGACCAGCCUCAAAUGGACGGAAACGCCAAACCGACAGACCUCGAACGGGGGAAGCAACCUAGGGGACGCCAAUACGGCGCCCACGUUAGCCGCAUCAAAGACAUGUUCAUGCAGAUGGGCUCGGAAAGUGGCAAAUCAAGGGGGCGAGAGGACCCUUCGCCACAAAAGAUGGUAAAACCGACCAAUUUUAUCAACAAAGCUGACGGAUCGGUGAUAAAACUCCAGCAUUCUUCCUCGGCCGAACGGGUAGGAGGCGCAGGAGCAAAGUUCUCGGAAACCAGGAAGCUUUUUGAACAGCAUUCGCGCGACCAGUCGCAAUCACCGGUGUACCCCUACGGACGUGAUAAACGGGGUUCGCACGAGCAUCUCGACGACUGGAGGGGCACGAGGUCCAACAGGGGUAGUACGGACUCUCUGGACUCACUCUGCUCUAGAACAGAAGCGUCUUCGCCGACCGUCAGCCAGCUGAGCGCCGUGUUUGAAAACGCCGACCAGCAGAACCAAGGUACGCCCUUCCGAGGAAUCGGAAGACGGGCUUUGUACUCACCCGACGGAUUCCAUCGCCAAGGAGAUCUCAGCGAGGACGACGCGCGACAAUCUCCGAUACGUGGGAGUUACCGCAACAGGAUCGGCGGGAAGUUCCCUUCGUCUUUAUCUGCUGAGGACCUACUGAAUCCAAGCUUGGUGGCCGAAACCUCGGCGCGGAAACUAAACCUACGAGACGAGGACUCGAAAGAUAACGCCAAUAAGAAGCAACUAUCUGACGCUACCACGAAUGGAAAUCAGGUCAACGGUUCCUGCGACGAGGACGAAAAACACUCGGCGACGAGGCAAUUCCUUAACGAGGAUAACCACGAAUCUGCAAACGAUAACGUGAUUACCGACAAACAUUUUGAGGACGCCGCCCUUAAACCACCUACUCCGACCACGGAACCCCAAGACGAUCCCGCCAGAGAGGACUCAUCUCCAGAUUCUCUCAAAGACCAACCCGACGAGGAAUACGCCGGAAACGAGCGUGUGAUUUUCAACGCGGACGGUGACGCGUGUUAUCAGGGUUGGGGCGAGAGUUGCACCGAUGCAGAGGACGAUCUCUACGAUGACGACGAAGAUAUCGUCUACGACCCCGGCUCCCAUACGACAGAGAUUCCCGGUCUGCCCGAGGAAAACGAGGAGGACGUUCCUGCGAGCAGAAAAAUUCGCUUUAGCUCUGCUCCUAUAACGGUAUUCAACACCUACUCCAACGAAGACUACGACCGCCGUAAUGAGGAAGUGGAUCCCGUGGCUUCGUCUGCAGAGUACGAGCUGGAGAAACGAGUGGAAAAACUCGAGCUCUUCCCUGUGGAGUUGGAGAAAGAUGAAGACGGUUUAGGGAUCAGCAUCAUCGGGAUGGGUGUCGGUGCUGAUGCAGGCCUGGAGAAAUUGGGCAUCUUUGUCAAAACAGUCAUUGAAGGUGGCGCGGCUGAAAGAGAUGGAAGGAUCAAAGUGAACGACCAGAUCGUGGAGGUGGACGGAACCAGCUUGGUGGGCGUCACGCAGAGUUUUGCCGCUUCUGUUCUCAGGAACACAUCAGGAGUUGUGCGGUUCGUCAUCGGCCGAGAGCGACCAGGUCAGCAGAGUGAGGUGGCCACGCUCAUCCAGCAGACCCUGGAGCAGGAGAAGCGACAGCGUGAACUCCUGGAGCAGCAGUACGCUCAGUACGACGCCGAUGACGAUGAGCAAACUGGCGAGUACGCUACUGACGAGGAGGAGGCAGGGCCCGCUGGGGCGAGCGAGGAGAAGAACAUCGAAGUGUUCGACCUGCCCGAAAACGAUGACGUCUUGUCGCCAUCGGAUUUAGAUACCACCAAACUGUACCAGAAAUUUAGAGAGCUCCAGAUCAAACACACUGUGACUGAGGCCGAGAUCCACAAGCUGAAAAACAAGCUGGCUUCCGUGGAAAGGGAGAAGCAACGUUGGGAGAAGGAGAAGACCCAGCUGAAGGCCAGCAUCGAGGACAACAAGGAAAGGAUGCUAAAGCUGGAGAGCUAUUGGAUCGAAGCGCAGACCUUGUGUCACACGGUCAACGAACACCUGAAGGAGGCUCAGGCGCAGUAUCAGACGUUGGAGAAGAAGUACAACAAAGCCAAGAAACUUAUCAAAGAUUUCCAGCAAAAGGAGGUGGAGUUCAUCCAGAAGGAGGACGCAGAAAGAAAGCGGCUCGAGGAGGCUGAGAAAUCUCACCUGGCUGAAAUCCAGGGACUGCAAGUCAGGAUUGCAACACUGGAGUCAGAGCUGAUGCAGCUGAUGAAGCAAAACAACAUCCAGGUCAACAACAAUAAUAGCAACAGUGCCGAGAGGCCGCGCACUCCUCAGCAAAGCCCAAAUAAAGUCGCAGCACAAGGCAGAGAACUGAGGAAAGGCUCCCCCUAUUCACCCAGCAAAGUAAAAAGCUCCAGAACAGACAGCGUCAGCUCCGCCGAGGGAGAGGUCUCAGAGGGGCGUUGCAGUCCAGGUCACAGUCGUUCUGGAUCCAUUCGUAGUGUUGCUUCUUAUGACGCAGUCCCAAGGGGUCUGGCCAGUGCAGAAGGAUCCCCAAGACGCAUAAAAGAAGGUUCUUCUGCGACGUCAAGCCCUUCUCGGCAUGCGGAGGACCAGAGACAAGCCCAUGAGUCUUCGUGCACAGAGAACGUGGCAGCGGACAGCCCUCGAAAAUUCAAGGCAAAAUUUCUCGAGGGACCAGCGUUAAGCGAGGACUUGAGCGCUAGCAGCAGCAGCUCUGCGGAUAUCGGCGACGGAAAAACGUUGGGACGCUCUGAUAGCUUGGCGCUUUCUUCGGAUGAGAGUUUGGAUAUGGUAGACGAUGAGAUCCUCGAAGAAAGCUGGAUUACAAAGCAGCACCCAUGUCAGAACCGCGGUGCACUCGAAUGGAGCUCUCAGCAAGUGUCCCGCUGGCUUGUAGGCCUCAAUUUAGAACAGUAUAUUCCUGAAUUCACUGCCAAAAACAUAGACGGGGAACGACUGCUGCGACUAGAUAGCACUGAACUCAAGUCCCUUGGCGUCACUUCUUCCCAGGACCGAACCCUAAUCAAGAAAAAAAUUAAAGACCUUAAAGUUCUGAUGGAGAAGGCUAAGAGGAACCAGGAGAAAAUGGAGAAACAACGUGAGAAGCUCCGGAAAAAAGAAAUGGAGCAACAGCAGAAAGAAUCACGAUAGAUUUGGAUUUUGGACUCCCGCAAAGGCUCCGAGAUUGACCCCUGCGGGACGCCUUCCUCCGAGCUUAACUGUUUGGGGAACUUUUUCCGCCACCAAGCAAGUUAAACCAAAACAAAAAGUCGGGUUACUGGAUUCUAUCCUCAUUUUGCCGCAUUUUAUGCCGAUCCUGUGUUCGUACACAUCGAAGAAAUGAUUAUUUUCUAUUUAUUUGAACGUUUAUUGCUGUACAUUUAGUUUAUUUAUUCAUCUCCAGAGUCAAUAUGUGAUGUAUUCAAUGCUGUAUUCUAAAUCCCCUUUUCAGUAUGGAGUUUUAGAGCAUUUAUUCCAAUUGAUAUUCAUCAUAGUUAUUGACUGGGAUAGACGUCCGAAUCUGGCUGGUGGCAGCCAGUGAGUUAAACGUAUGUAUAAAUGCUCUAAAUGUUUCCAUAUUUCAGGACCUUUUCAAUAUAUAAACAUGUACAAAUGUGCCAUUUUAUUAGACUCCUGUCUUUGCUAUUCUUAUGAUCACUAGAAAAGCUAAUACAUACAUUAUAACCUGGACUAAAAAUGAGCUAGUACUCAUUUCACCACUGGGUGUCGCCAUGCUGCUUAGUUUAAAUGCUGAAGGAAAACACUGGAACUUUGGAAUAGGACUACAAACUAAACUUUAGCACUGGCAUGUAACCAAUACUUUACAACCUCGAAUGGAGAUUACGGGGAAAAUGUAAAUGACCAAACCUAUUAAACUAAAAAAUGAACCAAAAAAAGAAACAGAAAAAAAUAGAUUAACUCUUACUUCCUGCUGAUAUAGUAAAAAGUUGCUUGUAACCUGCUUUGACCUUUUUAUAUUCCUUUUAAAUAACUACAACACCCAAAUGCUGCCUUUAGAAGUUAUAGAGAAUUUUCCUCGCUAAACACACUUUACAUGUUUUUCCUGCCAGAAAACUUUACAAACUCUAUAAAAUAAUAAUUGAGGAAGGCAGCCAUAUAUUCAAUGGUUCAUCUCAUCACAAUUUAUAGUGUUACACUGGAAAAUACUUUUUAUUUGUUGCAUAUUCUAUGUACUUAGAGAAGUUACUUAUCAUUACUGUGUACCGUUUUUUUAGGAUUACACAAAGGAGGAAGUAUUGUCAGAAUUACAGAUGUUUAUCAUAAACAUGUUCAGGUUUGACACCUCCAUUCAAUUGUACUACACGUAGUUUAUUUAUUUCAUUGUCUGAGAAGGAAAAUUAAAAAUGAUAUAUCCAGAAUUGUAAUUUCCGCAUAAAUGAUUUGAUUUGUUGAUCAAAAUUUAAAAAUUGCCAUGUGCUAAAAUGUGAAGACGUUAUUGUGCUUGUUUUUUAAUUAUUAUUUUUUCCAUCCGUCCAUAUACUGUCACGAUAAACUAGUCCUGAUGCAUUUCCCCCCCUCAUAUUUCAAGCAAUUACUUUUUCGUUUUAUUCACUGUGAGGAUUUUGGAAGCAGUUUAUCUUACCUGGUGUGAUGAAUAUAUGCGUAGAUAACACCCUGGUGCUCCUGGAAGGCUGAAAAAAAUAAAAAAGACCGAGUGGUGGCCACAAGGGCUCAUUUGACAUUUCAUUGUGCUUUUAUUCCUCACCUCAGACCAACCCUUACACCCUCAUUUCAAUCUACUUUUUUGCAUUAUGAAAAGUUGGAAAAUGCAGCUCUAAUCUGUCACACUCAAUAAAUCGUGCUGCCUGAAACUGAUGCGUCUUUGCA